GCAAGUGGUGCCUUAUGGGUCUUGCUCUCUUUCACAUAGGUUUUGUUACUCGCCAGGCCUUUGAGGACCCCAGUACGCCCCUCGCUCAGACGAUUGGAGAUGACCAGUGGGAAGAGGCAGAGACUUGCCUAAGGUCUCUGGUGUCUGGAGCCCAUACAGUCGACGGCACUCUUGUUCCACCACUGCUAGAACAGCUUACAAGUAUCUACAUCAAUGGGGCAGUGACAGAAGAAAGUUACAUCAUACUCACUCGCCUGCUGAAUGAAUAUCUGUCUAAUGAAGCUAUCCAGAAUAUUUCAAGUCGUGUCUCAGCUCUCACCCAUUACUCAGUACCACGAUCCACGUCAAUGGAGGACCAUACAGCACAGAUGGAAUACAUUUAUUUAGCUCAAAAUGUGUCACUCACCCAUGGUGCCCCAACACUUAUAUUUGAGAAUCAGAGGAAAGAGGCUGAGAGCAUUAUCAUAGCUCUGAGACGAAUGGACAAAGCCAUCAAGUCAGAGAUAGCAACAGAGACAGAUUACUGGAUUAAGAUGUUCACUCCAAAGCCCAAAAAGGAAAGCAGUGCCACAUUAGCCCAGACUUCUUUACAGCUCAUCCUCAGGCAAGAGUUUGAACAAUAUUUGAAGACAUCAGAAUCUGUUUUCUCGAAAAUGAAGCAGACAGAUGACAUAGAAUCUGUGUCUGAAAUUCUUGAAUCCCCAGAUCUUAAUCUUAUCCAGAACCAACAAGAUGCUGACGAGUGCGACGUCGAGACGUUGCUUUGCAGAAUGCUUUGGCGUGGGCACUAUCUUAGAGGAAUAGUCAACCAGCCUAGUCCCAUCAGAAGCAUCCGACUGGGCCUCCUACAGGAACCUGCAGCAGCUUGGGCAGCAUUUAUCCGUAACAACUUCGGAGAAGUGCGCGCCCCAGGAAUGGAGGUGGCAGUCGUUACCCAAGCACUUUGGGAUAGUCUUGGCUUCAAAGCUGAGGGAGACAGUCGAGUGAUCGACGAAGAGGACGAAAUCACGACUCUCGUUCUCGAGAAGCUUGCUCUGGGUGGUGCCUCGUGGGAUGCGGAUGCUGAGGUCAUCAUCCCAGAGGACCUGGCCGCUGCCACGCCAUUCUUCACGGUGCUGAACUUCACCAUCAUGCAGUUCACAAGCAAUGUGAAAAAAGAACUCAAGAAGAUUGGAGAAGCCUAUUGUACUCCAGUGUACGUUGGCUGCGGGAUGGAUACGCCCCUGUUCUGGCUGCAUCUGCCCCUCAGCCCCGCCAUCUCCUGCAAGGACUGCCACCUGAGGGGAGUUCGAGUCAUCGCCACGUAAUGAGGGGAGAGAGAGGAAGAAGGUGGGGAAGCAAAAGGCGGAAAAUGAGGAAGCUAGAUCAUGGGAAUGAAUGACAGAGAUAAAAAAAGGAAAAAGAGGAAGCAAAGAAUAAAAGAGAGAGAAGAAAGCAAUGGAGGGAAUAGAAAAGAAUAGGGAAUAGAGACGAGGAGAAUAGUGGAAAGAGAGAAAGAAUGGGAUAGAAAAGUGUAUGAAAGCGGGACGAAAUGAAAUAGGGGAGAGAGGAUCCUCGAAAGGAAAUAAUACCUAUAUAGGUCCAAACAAUAGUAACAUUCAAAGGAUUAUUUUUGUAUGAUUUGAUUUGUUAUAGAUAAUAUAUAUAUGUUUUU